AUGCGACGCCAUAGAUCCAGUGGAGGUUCCACCAAGGCCGUCACACCCGUCUCCGACACCGUCUCGUUGAUCCAUUCCUUCGAUUCCGUGACGAACCCGAAUCGCCCUGUACGUCCCUCGCCGCUGGCAUCUUCGAAUAUCCAGGCCUUGCCUUUGGACCUGGUCGACCGACUGCGCUCCUUCCCGCUAUUCCAGUCUACUCCGGAAUCUUUCCUGUUCGCGGUCGGUCAGCAUCUUCGGCCGCAGCUCCAUGCAGCCAACGAUUAUAUAUUGACCGAGGGCGAUGAGGCCAAAGCGAUAUAUUGGCUGGUGCGAGGUGCGGUGUCGGUGACGUCCCGCGAUGGCGAGAGUAUAUAUGCAGAGCUUGAGUCGGGCGCCUUUUUCGGCGAAAUUGGCGUCCUGAUGGACCGUCCACGGACGGCUACUAUAGUUGCGCGCACGCGAUGCCUUUUGGUGGUAUUGACAAAGGAGGACUUUAGGAACAUUCUCCCUCGCUUCCCCACGGUCGAGCAGGCCAUCCGCGAGGAAGCCCAGGAGCGGCUGAUGAUCCUGGAAAAGAAGAAAAAGGAGACAUCCGUACCCCCGGCCGACAUUGAUGAGCCGGCUCGCCGAGGGUCAAAGCGACUGCGAGAUGCUUUCAUUAGAGACAUGUCACUCACUGAGCGUGAUGGCACAAUCCUAAAAUCGGUGAACAAGAAGCGCAAGUCCCCAAGCCCUGGACUGGCCGACGGGUCGUCGAGUGCACUGGCAAAUGGACUAGUUAGUGUCCGGCUUCUGUUGAGGGAGUUGCCCUUGUUCUCCGGCCUUCCGCCAGAUAUUCUGCACUUCCUGGGUCUGAAUGCGCAACCACGAUCGUAUCCUCCCUUUACCGAUAUAAUAAAGCAGGACUCCCAAGGCCGAGAAAUUUAUUUCAUUGUUCGGGGUGAGGUGGAAGUCCUGUCUGAAUGUGCCAAGCCUCAGAACUCCCACUCCCUACCGAACACCAUCGAGCGGCCCGGAUUUGAAGUUAAAGCCCGGUUAAAGCAAGGUCAAUAUUUUGGGGAGGUGGUGAGUCUUUCAUUAGCACCUCGUCGAACGGCAACGGUACGCUCGAUCAAUGCGGUCGAGUGCUUGAUGAUUGGCGGUGAUGUCUUGACAGAGUUGUGGGAGAAAUGCCCCCAGGAUGUUCGACAGCAAGUCGAGAAGACGGCCAAAGAAAGACUCGAUUCGGCGGCUGAUGGGGAUGUCGUAAUGUCUGAAGCCGGGGAUGUCACAAAGUCCCUAGGCGACGGAUAUCCGCAAAUCGGCGGUCCACGGCGACAGUCGAUGCCGCCAAUGCUUACGCUCACGGAGACGGAACUGGAUGCUCCUCUGAAGCCGAAUGGCAUUGAUGAACAGGCUGUCUUGCGACCAUCCGAUCCCGAUCCGUUUCUCAACGUUGGACUGGACAAAGUCCGCCUUCGUAGUCGACGAGGCUCUGUCGCUCCGCUGACGCCCGAGGAGGUUUCCGGGGAACAGCAGCGACCGUCGCCUCCAUCAGAACCGCGAUCUGCGAGUUCAUCGUUCCUCACACUCCCAGAGGCAGCCAUAUCGACACCCAAGACUCAACGAGAACCGCACAAAAACAACCGCGGCAUUCUUCCCGAUAGUAUUCUUCUGACCGUAUUCCGCAACCUCGAGCUCCAUCACCUCCUGCGCAUCCGUGCGGUCUCCCUCCACUGGUCAGAGAUUCUGAGCAAGUCAACUGAGCUGCUUCAACAUCUAGACCUGAACAUAUAUAACCGAUGCGUUACUGAUGACGUUCUUGUGAAAAUUAUAUGCCCAUUCGUUGGCAACAGACCUCGUUAUGUCGACAUCAGUAACUGUUUUCACAUAACCGAUGAAGGAUUCAACAAGUUGAUCGCCACAUGUGGCUCCAAUGUUGUUGCUUGGAAGAUGAAGAGUGUCUGGGAUGUGACAGCGUCGGCUAUUCUUGAAAUGGCCAACAAGGCGAGCGGGUUACAGGAAGUUGAUUUGAGUAACUGCCGAAAAGUCGGAGACACCUUGUUGGCUCGAAUUGUCGGAUGGCUUGUGCCCGGCCAACAUAAAACCAGCGAAGAGUCCGGAAAGACAGGAAAGGCGAUUUUAAGGCCUACUAUGCACACGGCAGCGGGUACUGUCUAUGGCUGCCCCAAACUGAAGAGGCUGACAUUGUCAUACUGCAAACAUGUCACCGAUCGAUCAAUGCAUCAUAUCGCAUCCCAUGCCGCUUCGCGCAUUGAGGAAAUGGACCUGACGCGCUGCACAACGAUCACGGACCAGGGGUUUCAAUUCUGGGGGAAUACGCAAUUCACCAAUUUGCGAAGACUCUGUUUGGCGGACUGUACCUAUUUGACCGAUCAAGCUAUCGUUCAUCUGACCAAUUCCGCCAAACAAUUGCAAGAAUUGGACCUGUCUUUUUGUUGCGCCUUAUCUGACACAGCAACGGAGGUUUUGGCCCUUCAAUGCUCCCAGUUGACCUACCUCAACAUGUCUUUUUGCGGCUCCGCAAUCUCCGACCCGUCAUUGCGCAGUAUCGGUCUCCAUCUUCUCCACCUGAAACGAUUGUCCGUGCGUGGUUGCGUUCGAGUUACCGGUGCCGGCGUUGAAGCUGUUGCCGACGGGUGUAAUCAGCUAGAAUCCUUCGAUGUCAGCCAAUGCAAAAACCUCUUACCUUGGCUCGAAGAUGGAGGGCCUUCCAGAUACGAAGGCAGUGUUAUUUUUGAGAUGGUUGCACAGAAUGGGAGAGUAUUUCGAUGA